CAGGGAUCCCGAGACCAAGCGCGACGGUUACAAGCUAUCUCUAACCGUCGAGACCUCACGCGAGAACGCGACUGUUCCGCUCUCCGAUCUCGCGUCGGCGUCGGACUCGGACUCGAGCUCCGAGGUCAUCACUGCUGUCACCAGGUCGCCCAUCUCACAGGCGUCGCCACACUCUGAACAACUUUCCUUCCUUCCGACAACGAGGAGUCGUCUGGUGACGAGUCCGUCAUCACCACCGUGACCCACUCGCCGCACCGCGACUCGCCGCACAUGCCACGCCCACACUCGCCCCGCUCUCCAUGCUCACCAGCCUCUCCUUGUUCGCCAUCUACUCCUGGCUCGAUGGAUACCGCUGUUCUUCGUUCGCUGUCACCGCCACCGCGUGCCCCACUCCGCCACUGUCAUCACCAUCACCAUCACCCGCAUCCUCGCCCUCGCCCCCCCCUCACUCUCGUCACCGCAACUACCCGACAUUCGCCUUGUCUCCGCCUCCUCCCUCGCUUCAUCGGCUGUCGUGAGCGUUGAGGACGACGGUUCGUCCGAGUCGGACGCCGAGCUGCACGCCAUCCUCAACGACGAGCACGACGAGAGUGACAGCACUGCGCUGGCAGCCAUGGCCGACGACUCGAGCUCAGAGACUGGUACAUCGCGCUCGGACGCGCUCGAGGCUCUGGCGGUGUAUGCCAAGCUCGAGCAGGACCUACUCGAUCGCGAGGCCCGUGCGCGCGCGUUUCUCAAGCGCAAGCUUGCCGUCGUCCGCAAGCGCGAAGCCGCCUUGGCAGACCGCGAGGCCCGGGUCGAAGCCCGCAUCCGCAAGUAUGCCAAGUCGCGCGCCAAGUUUAAGCGCGAGCGCGAGCUCUUCCGCAUGCAGGUUGCCCAGUUUGAAGAGUACUCGGGUACGUUCUACAAGAUGCUCGCGGCACAGUCGGGUGACGCGCCCGCCGCGCCGCCACAGCCACGCCCAGCACUCGCGGUAUCGCUCUCGUUCUCGCAGUCCGAGUUUGACUUUGAGCUCGCCCGCUCGCAACAGCUCGAGCGAGGCGACGGCGGGGCUAGAGGAACCGGCGCUAGCCGCGGCUCGCCUGACCCGACCACCCGCCGCGCCAUCGAGCGGGCUGCCCGCAAGCUGCAGAUCCUCAACGCCCAUAUGGGCGAGCAGCGUGCGCUGCUCGCGGUCCAGAUUCGCACGUUUGAGGAGAAGCGCGACGCCAAGCUGGCAGCGCUGGCGGAGCUGGAGGCGCGGGCCCACGAUAAGAUCCGCCGCGCCGCCGCAGCCUUCGACGCCAAGUGCCGGAAGAAGGCCCAAGCUCUGCGGCUCGCCGAGGCCCGGCUCGCAGCCCGCGCUGCGCGAAUACAGCAGAGCUAACGAUCGGUGCAUAAAAUUUACAGGUCAGGUAGCAAUGCCAAACCGACACACGUCGCCCGACCACGAC